AGAAGUCUACCGUACGGCUUGCAAGCCAGCCGAUGGAGCCCAACACCUGACGGGCAGCUGGAGUGUAUUCGAGCACAAGGAGGUGGGGAGGGACCACACUGCAAGUGACCGCAGUAAAUCAACAAAACCGUCCCAUUCGACGCCUUCGCCAGCAGGCGGAGAUUAUAAGUGAUCGAGCGCGUGAUUUCUGGCGAGAAAAUAAGAAAGAGUUGGCCACGAUCGUGCAUAGCGGUGUGAGUGUGUGAGCGUGUGCUUGGUUUAGUGCGCGUGUUUCGCGCGGGUGCAGUGAACGGUGUCACGGGGCCAGCACGGAGAUCCUCCAAGAUGGUGCAAUGUACUCUGAUCUGGGCCGGCAUCGGUGUGAUGAUGGCCGUAUCCGGCGCCCUGCUCGGUUGGGUCGUUUUUCCCCGUGCCGUGCAUGAGAAAGUAAUUGAGGCUACCGAGCUGCGGCAAGGAACGGAUCAAUAUAAGCGAUGGGAAGCAUUGCCACAACCGUUAGAUUUUAAGGUAUACAUAUUCAACGUCACCAAUCCGUACGAAGUUAUGCAAGGACGGCGACCGAAGGUGGUUGAAGUUGGACCUUACGUUUAUUUCCAAUAUCGUCAGAAGGAUAAUAUACGGUUUAGCCGGGAUCGUUCAAAGGUUCAUUUCAGUCAGCAACAGAUGUACGUUUUCGAUCCGGAAUCAUCCUAUCCGCUAACGGAAAAUGAUGAUCUUACUGUGCUAAACAUGCACAUGAAUAGCAUUUUACAAAUAAUCGAUAACCAAGCAAAGGAAACGAUUACCAAUUUUCGAUCGGACGUGAAUAAUACACUCGAAAAAAUUCCCGUCGUUAGAGUCAUUAAACGGAUCAUCGAGCGCACCACGCCGAUCCAAUCCAUUCUGCAAAUCGCCGAAGACGAAACGUACGACAGCUUGCGAUUGAUCAAUGUCGAGCUGAACCGUAUCUUUGGCCGGCCGGACACGAUGUUCCUGCGGACGACCCCGAAACAGUUUCUGUUCGACGGUGUACCAUUCUGCGUGAAUGUGAUCGGCAUCGCAAAGGCGAUCUGUAAGGAGAUCGAAAAGCGUAACACUAAAACUAUUCGCACCAUGCCGGACGGGAGUUUGCGGUUUUCGUUCUUCAGCCAUAAAAACAUGACUGACGACGGAAUGUUCACGAUCAACACAGGGAUCAAGGAUCCUUCCCGGACGCAAAUGAUUGAACAGUGGAAUGGACGAACAACGCUCGAUGUGUGGAACAAUCGCAGCAGCGGAUUACCUUCGGCUUGUAAUAAGAUCCGGGGUACCGAUGGAUCGGGCUAUCCACCGUUCCGAACCGGUAUCGAAAGGAUGACAAUCUUCAGCACAGAUAUCUGCCGAACGGUGGACAUUAAACUCUCCGGGACAUCGUCGUAUGAAGGCAUCCCCGCACUACGGUACGAGAUCGACGGUAACUUCCUGCACGAAAUCGGACCCGAGUAUGGUAAUGAGUGUUAUUGUGUGAACAAGAUCCCGAAGUCGAUCGUUAAAAGCAAUGGUUGCCUGUACAAGGGAGCGCUGGAUCUUUCCAACUGUUUCGAUGCACCGGUGGUACUGACGCUUCCUCAUAUGCUGGGCGUAGACGAGGAAUAUACCGCACUGAUUGACGGCAUGGACCCUGAGCCGGAACGGCACCAGAUCUUCGUGGACGUGGAACCGUACACCGGGACACCCUUGACCGGUGGGAAAAGGGUACAGUUCAACAUGUUCCUGCGGCGGAUCGACGCCAUCAAGCUGACCGAUCGGUUACAACCGACACUGUUUCCGGUCAUCUGGAUCGACGAAGGUAUCGCACUGAACGAGGACAUGGUGAAGCUGAUCGAUGACAGCCUUAUGAAAGUGCUCAGUCUGCUGGAUAUUGUGCAGUGGGCGCUGAUCGGCGUUGGCCUAUUGUUGGCCACCCUAAUGCCCAUCGUAUACUUCGUCAAACGGUGCCGGGGUAAUGACAGCCGAACGGUUAGUCCAGCCGUAACGGCCACGACCAGUGCGGCCAGUCUAUCGAUGGCGACAGGCGUUACGGAAUGGGCAGUGGGUUCGCGACAGAAGAAAAUGGCGUCUGCCAACUUUUUGGAAGAAGCGCUUAAAUCAGACGUCGAUGAAUCCGCGGUGAAUGCGAUUGUCGGUACGCUGGAAAAUCAGUUGGACGCGAACGUAACCCAAGUGCAACAAGUUGAAAGUGUAGUAGGGCCAAACGCGACGGUCGGUGGUGUUAAAAAUCAAACUGCUGGUGCACGCAUCGAGGCAGGCGUUGUGUCUAAUGGGGAUACGAGCAGUAGCAGCAGUGCUUCACCACCAGUGCAGGCAGUGUCGUCGACUCUCGCACAGCAGCAAAAGAAACACGGUGGCCUCAUUACGAAUGGUGAAAUAGUGUCGAAUAGUAGUGCGAACCACAGUGCUAUCAUUAACAACAAUACGAUUACGACCAAUAAUAACAACCUUGGCAAGACGUUCGUGGUGAACGCGAGUGGGAACAGCUCGAUAACGACGGUGAUCGGUGGGAAAGGUGUUGGUGGUAGUAGUGCCGUUGUCGGUGGUGCGUUAUCGAACAGCGUUGGCCACCAUCAGCAACAUCAGCAGCAGCAACGUAACGCAAUCCCAGCAACGGUGGUUGCCACGGGGGGUACAACCGGCGGAGGCGGCGGAACCGUUAACAUCAUCAGCCAGCAGAUUGUGGUACCUGCGCGCAGUGUUAGCGGCGGUACCGUCCUGGGCCAGCAUCCACCUCCGCCGUUCAACGUCCCACCACAGCACAGUUAUUCAGCCGCUGUGAGCAACAGCAGCAGCAUCGUUCUCAGCAACAACCACCUCGUAACGUCGUCGAAUAUGCCAAAGAAUGAACCAGUGAAAUUGGUUUAUCCUGCAGCCGGCGGUACACAGACGGCGGUCCUCAACAUGAACAACAACCGCGUCACGCUGACACCGUCCUCGCUGCCGAACGGCACGCUUACGAUGUCGCAACAGCCGCAGCUGAUCCAGACGAACGUGGUUGCGACCGGUGGCGGGACCAAAACUAUCACCGGUACCACGAUCCAGCAACAGUCCGUUACCGGUCAGCCCGGCCAACAGCAACCCGGUGCCACACCGCAGACGAUCAUCAUCAAGAACUCGUCCGGUGGUGGCACGGUCAUGAAUACCGGGACGCCCGGCAUCGUGACGGUUUCGAAACCUAUCAACAAUCAGGCAACACCAAACAUAGUCGGUUUACCCGGUGUACAAAUUGUAAAUGUUAGGCCUGGCGCACAACCCACACAAGCACAGCAGAAAACUGUUGCCGCUGUAUCACCUAGAGUUGUUAUUGGUAGUCAGCCAAUAGUUAGUACUAGACCACCAAACGCAAGCGCUAUCACAUUAAGUGCCCUUCAAGGACAGCAAGGUUCGACGCUGCUGCUGAAGAAUGAGCAGGGCCAGUUUCAGCUGCUCCGGAUUGGUCCGGCCCCGGCCGGAGCCCAAAUUACACCCGCCAGUCUUACUGGAUCGUCCGCCAACUCCACGAUACGGUUGCAAACUGUACCAGCUACACAUUCAUCCGGUUCCGGUGCAAUAAUAGUGAGCUCACAGUCAAUAACGACGGCACCGACCAGCUACAUCUCCACCCAGCCGACGCCGGUUGCAUCGGUAGCGCCGGUCCCGGCCUUGGCCGCUCAGCAAAAUAUCACGAUCACUCACUCCCCGUCGCAGGUGGGAGGACAACCGACGGUGCUGGCUGCACAACAGCAGCAGCACCAACAGCAGACGACGACGGUCGUCGCGACACCUCAUUCCGUAGGCCAACAGCAAUCGCAACAGCAGACGGUUGUUGUUACCACCACACCGGGUACGACACCGGCGCAGCAGCGAAACUCCUUAGAUAAUACCAAAGAAAAGUGUAGCAAAUUUCUGACAAACCUAAUCGAGCUCUCGAAGCGGGAACCGGCGAAGGUGGAGCAGAAUGUGCGAACGCUGAUACAGGAGUUGGUGGAUGCGAACGUCGAUCCGGCGGAGUUUUGCGAACGGCUCGAGCGCCUACUGAACGCUAGUCCGCAACCCUGUUUGAUUGGCUUUCUGAAGAAAAGUUUACCACUGCUACGGCAAUCGCUAGUGACUAAAGAAAUAACGAUCGAAGGUAUCAACCCACCCUCGACCGCAGUAGCCUUUGGUACUACCGCCCUAUCCCAAAUUCCUGCCCAAAUACGUCCGGUCGCACCGACGAUCGUGUCGCAGAACAGUAUGGUCGGUCAGACGCAAAUCCGUAUGCUAUCUUCUCAAUCCGGCAUGACAACAGUGCCACGGAUCGGACAAACCACCAUCCGGCCAGCGGCUCCCGUGCGAAUACAGACUCCCCUACAGCAACACCAAACGGGUUCCACGACAACGACCAUUGUAGGACCACGCUCCAUAACUGCCCAACAAAUUAGACCAAACGCAACCACGAUCGGUCAUACGACGAUCGUGCAGACGGCGGGCGGCCAGCAGUUGCCGCAAACCAUCUCAACCACACCUCCUGCAUUGCUACCGGUGAGUGGGAGUGCUACGUACAUUUCCUCCGCUCAGCAGAUCCGCGCACCGUCCGGCACCUCGAUUACACGUACUGGCGCGACGUUACAGAUACGCACCAAUACUCCGGUGUCGCGCACGGUCACGUCCGUCGGUGGCACGACGGUAACGACGGGCGGGAUCGGCAAACAGCUCCUCCAGACGCAAGUCAAUCAGAUCCGCGGACAGACGCCGGUAGCCUCGGUGGCGGCCGUCGCUGCGGCGGCCGCUGCCGCCGCUUCCGGUUCCACUGCAACGCAAGUAAAGCAAGUGACAGCAAUUACCGGCGGUGGGAACGUGGUGGUUAGUUUGAACCAAGUGCCACCUCCGAUGCAGCCAGUCUCGGGGAACGCCAGCGUCAUUGGCAGUACCGCAGGCUCGCUGGCCGUUAGUCUUGUACCGACCAUGCCCGCCCUCACGCUCACCUCCUCGGCGGUAAGCGCCGGACUUGGUGCGGGAGUGGCACCUUCUCCAGCGACGGCGGUGCCCGGGGGCAUCUCCGCGACGGUAGUUGUAAACUCUUCGUCCGCAGCACUGGCACCAACGGGAGCUACCUCGGUCGGAACGGCUGCGACCGGUGUUGGUAGCAAUAGUAGUAGCGGGAUAACGGCCGGUGCGACCGUAACGAGCGUAUCGACUAAUAAAACUGUUACUGCCAAAUCGCAGAACCUGUCGGGAGCUUCCAAGAAGAAGGCUAGCUCGUCGUCAGCCGCCAGCGGAACGGAUCCGGAGAGUGCGGCCAGCAAGCGGGCCGGAGCGUCGGCACAGUCGCAGUUCUACCAUCACCACGCGUCCAUGUACGGCGACGACGACAUUAACGAUGUGGCCGCGAUGGGCGGCGUCAAUCUGGCGGAAGAAACACAGCGCAUCCUCGGCUCGACCGAGUUCGUUGGGACGCAGAUACGUUCGUGCAAGGACGAGGUGUUUCUCCAUCUGCCGGCACUGCAAUCGAGAAUACGUAACAUUAUCGCGCGCCACGGUCUCGAAGAGCCGAGCAAUGAGGUGGCCGUGCUGAUAUCACACGCUUGCCAGGAACGGUUGAAGAACAUCGUUGAGAAGCUAGCCAUCAUUGCGGAACAUCGGAUAGAUAUCAUUAAGGUCGAUCCGCGAUACGAAGUGACCAAGGAUGUGCGUGGUCAGAUAAAAUUUCUUGAAGAGCUGGACAAAGCCGAACAGAAGCGGCACGAAGAACAGGAGCGGGAAAUGUUGAUGCGUGCAGCCAAAUCGCGUUCCAAAACCGAAGAUCCGGAGCAGGCCAAAUUGAAGGCAAAGGCGAAAGAAAUGCAACGUGCAGAAAUGGAGGAACUGCGGCAACGGGAUGCAAAUAUGACUGCGCUGCAGGCCAUCGGUCCACGAAAGAAGCCCAAACUGGAGGAAGGUGUAACGGCAUCUACUACGCCUGGAGUGUCUGGUAUUGGUACGCUGAGUGGGAAAACACCAACACCAUUGCGGCCGCGCAUCAAACGAGUCAAUCUGCGUGAUAUGCUGUUCUAUCUGGAGCAAGAGCGGGACACCGGGAAAAGUCAGAUGCUUUACAAAGCCUACCUCAAGUGAUCGAUUGUGCUGCUGUCAAUGAAGGCAAGAAUAUUGUUGAGCGUGAUCAAACAACUGCUAUUCACUGUUGCUGCCUAUGCCGGGCGGCAAUCGACUGCUACCAUCAGGCGCCACCGUUUAUUAUUUCGUGUCAGUGCGUGUGGCUGUAUCGUUGACGCUUGUUUGCAACCGCGUAUCGAGUUUCCCAUAAUAAAUGGAACAAUUGUGAUGUUGCAUUUUCGGGCGUACACGAACCAACGGUUGCAUGCCAAAUUGCAAUAAACCUUGCUUCGUUAAUGGUUCGGCACAUACAUCCCGAAUCCCAUCCAGGCGCGAAACGGUGAACGAUCGAUCGAGUUCGUAAUGUGUGUAUGCGUGAACGUUUUCGCACCAUUAAGAGGAGGCGGGUUAGGAUGUGAACUGAUUUUCUAUGUUAUAAACGAUAGAUUCCUAACCCUACCUUUUUUGCGUCGUUAGUCUACACUCGCAAGAGGCAUCAAAUCUAGACAGUCGAAAUUCAUGCAAAUCAGCACUGAUAACGAUUGUGUACUCCAAACACAGAGUAAUAACGCCAAUAGAAGCAAACACAAAAAAGAAUCACACAACCGGCGUGUAGCUGUCAGGAAAUAUGUACAGAAGCAAACGAAAUAAUUUUAGAAUGGCAUAAAAGUUGAACAUUGUCCAGAUGGGAUUGAAGUAGAGGUAAUGAUACGUGCAACUCUAGGGAGGGGAGAAUGAUUGGGAUGGGCGAGCGGUUUCGAAGGGAUAGACAAAAUGUGCAUAAGCUAGAAUGGGAUUGCAUCAGAGGAAUAUAUACUAUAAUGCAGCACCGAGGAUGAGAUAAUGCUGUUUGAAACCGUAGAUAGUAGCGAGCCCAGUUAAUAGUUUGAAUGCAAAUGGGAAAAAACUGAGGCAUUGUGUGAAUGCGUGCGUGUGUAAGAGGCUGAUGAAUGGUCCAGUAGCUGCACUAUCGAGCAAAAUGGCUUGUGAUAAGAAAGUGCGUGUGCGUGUGUGUGAGUGUAUGUGUGAGCGCAAUCGUGUGCGAUUGUAUGUAAAUAGACAGAAUAAGACUCUUGGCGCUACCGGUAAAUAGAAAGGGAAUAAAAUGUAAAACAAAUCAGAAAACGAAGAAGUAUAUUAUUUGAAAUAUUUUUUUUCUUAGUUCAAUAUAACGCGACGAAAUUGCCCGUUGUACAUUUGCAUAGAUUUCGUUAAAAGUUUUUUCAUCUAUUAUUUUGAUUUUGUCGUGUUUUUGGUUAACCUGUUUUGCGGUACUGCCAAAAGUGGGUGGCCACACAGGAAACGUCUGUUCAAGCCAAACAUGGUCGGUUCCACGUGCAAACUGAAGCUGGAAGCACAUUUAAAAUGGCGCGCAGUGCAUCAUCGUCAUAGUUAAAAUAGAUAAAGUUUGCCAAGAUCAUGGAAAGAAUGUUCGACAAGCUGAAAAACACGUGCUGUGUAGAGUUUAACAGGUUGCAAAUGCUCUAGUGUGUAAAGUGAGCGAAAGGGGAUAGCAAAGUGACGGUGAUUCAAUAAACUGAUAGCGACGAACUGCACUGCCACUGAUCCGAAAAUCAUGGAAAAUGGCGACCGAUCAGUUCGAUUGAAAUGUUUCCCUCCGAAGUCGCUGUUACAUAUAUUUUUUUUCGCUUAUUAAGUGGCAAAUGGAAACAAAAGCAUGCGAUAUUCAUCUAUAUCCGACAUAUUCGCGAUAUAGUUAGAAACAAAAGAUAACAUAUGCAUAAAACAAUCGUUGGAAUAGUCUUAUUAUUUAUGUGAAUAGUUGCACCAUUUGUUCGGUUAAAUAUAAUUUAAUUGUGACGCAAUUAAUCAAUUCGGAAGGAAAGGUAAACGUUAUUAACCAACCAAGCCCUAAAAGUACGAUCGGAAGCAAAUUUGGAGAGUGUGAUCCAACAAACGAAGCCACACACUAUAAAACAAACGAAACUUUAGACAGAUUAGACGCCAGCGUUGAGCAUAUCUAUGUGGACACGGUAGCUUAGGGGAACAAAACAAAACAACACAAAAACUAACAAAUGGUCAUACCCUGUGUUCUAGGUCAUCUGUAUUGUUCUGUUUAAAUUCAUAUGUUUUUGUUUUAGACUUUUAACAAGUAUGCAAUUUAAUUCAAUGAUCGUGCUGCGCGCCAACAGCGCAAAGAGUGAGAGAAAAAGGCGUUGUGUGCAUCGCGCACGGGCUAGGGCAAACGUGGAGGGUAUAAUAGGAAAGGAAACCGACGACAGAAAACGUGAAAUGAUCUACAAACUAAAAAUUCGAGUUUAGAAAAGAAAAUAAAGUGAAAACAUGAGAAAAGAAAACA